AAACCUUUUCUUUAUUUACCAUUCAACAUUUAAUUCUUCCGCUUUUCCUCAGUCAACUGCCCUUUCCAUGGCUGAAAAUGACGCAUCUCUUGCCCAGGUCUUCCAAAAAGCAGAGACCCUCUAUCUAGACCUGCAGAAAACUACUCUCUCUUCAACUUCGGAGGAAUAUCAGUCAAAAGUCAAUGAGUCUAUCAAAGGUUUCGAAAGGGCUGAGGCGAUGGUGCAGCAAUUGAGCCUGUUUAGCGAGAACGAGUUUAUGGAGGAUAUCAGCACUAAGGAUCUUAGAUUCCUUUUGACUAAAUAUUAUCUUGGCGAAUUGUUUCUCAAGCGCGUUAGUCAGGAUCGCCUUUCUGCUCUGAACACCUCUAAGGACCAUUUUGAUCAUUUUCUUCUUCAAUGCGAGACACACGAGAUUCUGACUGCUCAGGAUAAGAAAUACCUGGAACAACUCACAGCAAAUACCCCUCGGGAUGCAGCUACCCGACGAGGCGAAAAGAUUGCACGAUUCAAACGUGAAAAGGAAAUGAGGAAUCGGAUCGAAGAAUUCCACAAGGCGUUAGGGACUACCAGCAGUGGAUAUGAGGGCGAAUUAAGCCCAGAGUUGGAAGAUCAAUACCGUGAUUUUGUUUUGUUGCAUUUACAAUACUCAAUCUUCCAAAGUAUGGAGCAAUUAGUAGGGAUUCAAGAAGAGUUACCAAUGCUUAAAGAAAUGCAAGCACGGAAAGCAGCGCAAGGAUCCAAUGAUCAUAGAGCGGCACAGGGUAGUAGUAAUGAAAAUGGGGGCGAAGAUGGUACACGAGUGGACAGUCGAAUUAGGAAUGCUACAGGACCAUUAAUGGACCCUCAAGGGCGACCCUUGAGACCAUUUGUGAUUACCAGCAAGAAAACUGAAAUGAUGAGAGGUGUCUUCCGGCCAGGCCAUAGUUUGCCGACUAUGACCAUUGAGCAAUAUCUGGAUCAAGAGAUGGAGCGUGGUAACAUUUUGUCUGGAGGAACUGAAGAGCCAACGAAGAAGGAAGUUGAUGAUAAUGACGAAGCAGGUCUAGAAGCAGAGACGUUAAAGGCUAGAGCCUGGGACGAUUUUAAAGACGAUAAUCCUAAAGGGUGGGGUAACCGAGGUGGUCGUACUGGCUAAACAAAAUACUAUUAGC